GCUCCCGCCCCCAAACUUCUGCCAACUUCCAGCGCCUCGGCCUCCCGCCCCAGCCCGCAGCCAGCGCCGGAGCUUUGCAACUUGGUGCCCCGCGUCGUCCCCCCUCCCAGACGGAAACCUCCGCCUCCUGCUCGGCCGGGAGAGGCUGCGCAGCGCACAAAGCCGGACCUGCCCUCAGCUGCCUCUACCCGGGAAACGGACAUCCCGGCGCCUCUGCUCGGCUGCCCGGCGGCAUGUGAAGGCAGGAAUCCCUUGGCACUUGAUCCAGGCAUGGCCAAAUAUUUCCAGUUCUGGAGGAGAGUGCUAACUUGGGGAGCGACUGUUAAGACAAACCGAAAAAUUUGCUGAGAACGCCCGAAGUGUGACAGGAAGGGGCAGCCUUCCAGCCCAGGAGCCAUGCCUUUCGGGCUGAAAUUGCGACGGACCAGGCGCUAUAAUGUCUUGAGCAAGAACUAUUUUGUGGCACGGAUCCGUCUGCUGGACAGCAAUGUGAUAGAGUGCACGCUUUCCGUAGAAAGCACAGGUCAGGAGUGCCUGGAAAUCGUGGCCCAGAGGCUGGAAUUACGUGAGACACACUACUUUGGCCUUUGGUUUCUCAGCAAGAGCCAGCAAGCACGAUGGGUGGAACUGGAAAAACCUCUGAAGAAGCAGCUGGACAAAUUUGCCAAUGAGCCUUUGCUUUUCUUCGGGGUAAUGUUCUAUGUGCCCAAUGUAUCCCGACUGCAGCAAGAGGCCACAAGAUAUCAGUAUUACCUGCAAGUGAAAAAGGAUGUUCUUGAUGGUCGAUUACGUUCAUCAUUAGAUCAAGGAAUCCGGCUAGCUGGCUUAGCUGUGCAAGCGGAUUUUGGAGACCACAAUCAGUUUGAAUCUCAUGACUUCCUCCGAGAAUACAUCUUGUUUCCUAUGGACUGGACGCAAGAUGAAGCAGUCCUAGAGGAGCUGACUCAAAAAGUAGCUCAGGAACACAGAGCUCAUUGUGGCAUACCAGCAGCAGAUGCUGAACUUAUGUACAUAAAGGAGGUGGAACGUCUUGAUGGUUUUGGACUGGAAAGUUUCCCUGUGAAGGAUAAUCAUGGAAAUGACAUACAUUUUGGUAUUUUCUUCAUGGGAAUUUUCAUAAGAAAUAGAAUUGGAAGGCCAAUCACAUACAGGUGGAAUGAUAUUGGGAAUAUAGCACAUAACAAGUCUACAAUUGUUCUGGAGUUGAUCAACAAAGAAGAAAACGUGCUCUUUCAUACAGAUGACAUUGAAAAUGCCAAAUAUAUUUCACGGCUGUUUGCUGCAAGACAUAAGUUUUACAAACAGAAUAAAAUCUGCACAGAACAAUCAAGUUCUCCUCCUCCCAUCAGACGGCGGCCCACCUGGAGUAGGUCAUCCUUGCCAAGACAGCACCCUUUUAUACUGCCUCCUAUGCAUGUCCAAUGUGGAGAACAUUACACUGAAACACACAAUUCACAAGACAGCAUUUUCCAUGGGAAUGAAGAAGCAUUCUACUGUAGAUCUCAAACCAGCUUGGAUAGGUGUCCAAUGGACUUCAGCUACUUAAAUGGUAAUGGGCCCAAUGGCAGCGUAUGCAGUGCCCACAGCAUGAACUCCCUCAACCAUUCACAGAACUUUGUUCAGGCUUCUCCAAUGUCCUCCAAUCUCAGCAUCCCAGGAAGUGACAUCAUGAGACCAGACUAUAUUCCCAGUCACAGACAUAGUGCAAUCAUAGUGCCUUCCUACAGGCCAACUCCAGACUAUGAAACGGUCAUGAGGCAGAUGAAGAGAGGGGUUAUUCACAUGGACAGCCAAAGUCAAUCUUUGCGGAACCUCAAUAUUGGAAACACUCAUGCUUACAACCAAUCAGAAGACCUGGUGUACAGCCAACCUGAGAUUCGGGAAAGACAUCCCUAUACAGUUACUUAUGGACCCCAGGCUGGUUAUAACAAACCUGUUGCCCCCUCUGACCAAAUGAACCCUAACACUGUGCAGAAUAAGACAGCAGCCAGUGCCAUAUCCCAUACAGUUAGCACACCAGAGUUGGCAAACAUGCAGCUGCAGAGCAAUCAGAGUUAUAGCACUGCUCACAUGUUAAAAAACCAUCUGUACAGGCCUCCACCUCCAUAUCCACGUCCACGUCCUGCUACUAGCACACCUGACCUAGCAAGCCACCGCCACAAGUAUGUCAGUGGCAGUAGCCCUGAUUUGGUUACUCGGAAGGUCCAGCUUUCCGUGAAGACAUUCCAAGAGGAUAGUUUGCCAGUUGUUCAUCAGUCUCUUCAGGAGGUCAGUGAGCCCCUCAUGGCAGUCAAACAUCCUGCAGCUGUCAACAAGCGCCAUAGUUUGGAGGUCAUCAGCAAUAUGGUGCGUGGAAUAGAAGCCAUGGCAUUAAAGACUUUGAAUGCCCCUCUGCCACGUAGAAACACCUUGCGAGAGCAGGUGCAGCCAGAAGAGUCAGUGCAGAUGGGACACGAGGUUCAGCAGCUCCCUCACUACCAUCAUAAGAAAACCUUCUCAGAUGCCACAAUGUUGAUACACAGUAGUGAAAGUGAAGAGGAAGAAGAAGCAACAGAAUCUGUCUCUCAGAUAGCAGCCCUCCAUGAACAGCUGCAAGCUGCCUUGGCUAGAAUACCAAAUAAACCUCCUCCAGAGUAUCCUGGGCCAAGGAAAAGUGUUAGCAAUGGAGCCCUUAGACCAGACCAAGUAAAUAUUUCUGCAGCGGUAGCCAGAGCAAGGGCUAUGAGACCAGGACCUUCUAAAGCCAUUAGUGUAUCUCGGACUGAUCAAAUGACAAUAAACGGGUCUCCCCUGGGACCCUCUAUCUCAGAACCCGACCUCACAAGUGUAAAGGAAAGGGUCAAGAAAGAACCAGUGAAGGAAAGACCUGUGUCUGAAAUGUUUUCUAUUGAGGACAGCAUUAUAGAAAGAGAGAUGAUGAUGAGGAAUCUAGAGAAGCAGAAGAUGGCAGGCCUGGAGGCCCAGAAGAGGCCCCUGUUGUUGGCAGCGCUGAAUGGACUCUCAGUUGCUAGAGUUCCAGUGCCUGAGGAUAGCCAGGAUGAAGUAGCCAAGGUGCCAAUGGAUGAGAGGUGCAAAAUCUUGAAAAGGAAGUUGGAAGAAGGAAUGGUCUUCACAGAAUAUGAACAGAUUCCAAAGAAAAAGGCAGAUGGGAUCUUCACCACCGCAGCCUUGCCUGAAAAUGCUGAGCGAAACCGAAUCAGGGAGGUUGUUCCUUAUGAGGAGAACCGAGUGGAACUGGUACCAACCAAAGAAAAUAAUACAGGUUACAUCAAUGCUUCACACAUAAAGGUUACUGUUGGUGGAGAGGAAUGGCACUACAUAGCCACACAAGGACCUUUGCCACACACAUGCCAUGACUUCUGGCAGAUGGUAUGGGAACAGGGGGUGAAUGUUAUAGCCAUGGUCACAGCUGAAGAGGAGGGAGGAAGAAGUAAGAGUCAUCGUUACUGGCCUAAACUGGGCUCUAAGCACAGCUCAGCCACUUAUGGGAAGUUCAAGGUGACAAAUAAGUUCCGCACAGAUUCUGGUUGCUAUGCUACUACAGGUCUAAAAGUCAAACAUCUUCUUUCUGGGCAAGAGAGGACAGUAUGGCACCUGCAGUAUACUGACUGGCCAGAUCAUGGUUGUCCAGAAGAAGUCCAAGGCUUUUUAUCCUAUUUGGAGGAGAUACAGUCAGUUCGUCGCCAUACCAACAGCGUGUUGGACAGCAGCAACAAUUGUAAUCCACCAAUUGUGGUUCACUGCAGUGCAGGUGUAGGGAGGACAGGGGUAGUUAUCCUAACAGAGCUGAUGAUUGGCUGCUUGGAACAUAAUGAAAAAGUGGAUGUUCCGGUGAUGCUGAGACGACUGAGGGAGCAAAGGAUGUUUAUGAUUCAGACCAUCGCUCAGUACAAGUUUGUCUACCAAGUGCUCAUCCAGUUCUUGCAGAACUCCAGACUCAUUUAACCUCCAGCAUUGUGGAUCUGACUGAACCUUCUUGACAAGGGGCACUCCUUCAGCAGCAUGUCUUAUAGCAUCGUAUGCAUAUAUUGUACUUGCUCAAGUUGCCUCAAAAGCAAGGAGUCAUUGUUCUCGACUGGAGAGUCCUGUGAGUUAUUUUAUACACAGUAAUUUAUUUUUCUUGAAAUAACUUGUGAAUUUCUUAAUAUCUUGUGAAACUGUAUGAUGACCUUUUGAACCACAUUUAAUAUGACUGAUCUGCAUUGUAAAAUGUCCAUAGGGUAGGUUAUCCUCUCUCAGGGUGUGUGUUGGCCUUUGUGUUGUUAUAUGGCUUAUAAAAUGAACAGUUCUUCAGGAAAUAGGUUUUUUUUCCCCCAGCAAGAGCCAGAUAUGUGGCUUUUGCAAUGAAAAUAAAACCUGAUAAAUGUCAAUUAAAACUCUGCAAUAGUCAGACUUGUUUUCAGAUAAAAACCUAAAAUGCAGAGCGAUCAAAGCAUGAAUCCCUGAAUAGGUGACUGGAAGAACUGCAAAGCAAGAAGUGGGGUAAUUGGGUAGACUUCUGUGGCACUCAACAGUUUAUGAAUUUGGUAAGAAUUAAUAUUGCAAUACAGUACUUGACAAGAAGCAGCACAACCUCUAGCAUCCCCCAUUCUGUGAUCCCAUGGUAGACAAAUAGUCGUAAACAAAAGCACCCUGAAGUCAACAAGAGUCUUUCCAUUACGCUUACUGGGCUUUGGAUUGAGCAGUAGAGAAGCACUUCAGCCAGCUUGCACCCUAAGAAUAUUCAAGGCAAUAAAUAUGUUCUCAUUAAUGACUGAAGCUUUUACUGUUGGCACAUACAGUGCAGUCAAAUCCUGCUCACCUUCCUCAAGCAAGGCAACUCAUUAGGGUCUGGGCAUCUCGAUGUGUACACACUGCCACCAUCAUUUAGGUUGUCUGUUUCUAAUACUUUUUUACAGUUUUUAAGUGAUGACGUCUCUCUCAACUACAUCCCCAUUUUCUGUUUCCUGAUCACUGCCAAAUAAUGAGCCUGGAGGUUUUAAAUUACAGAAUGUUGCUGCCCUCAGAUUUUUUCCCAGUCAGCACCUUGCAGUUUAUGAUCAUAUCAAGCAUCACCCACAUGGGCACUGCAGCUCUAAUUUUCUUAGCUUUCAAUCUUUUUUUCCUACAAUGAAUUGCAUGGGCCACUUGCCCACUCAAACUGCAAUUUGUAUUGUGAUUCUCUUUGCCCGUAUCAUUAGUAGUGAGUAUUUGUAUUCUAGUAAUACCUACAGAACUUAAUGUGGGGAUAGGAGCCCCACUGUGCCAGCUACUGUACAAGCACAAAAAGGGAACACUAUCCCUGCCCUAAAGGCUUUAUAAUCUGAAUAAAAAAGGUAGAUGGAGUCUAAUUUUCUCCAUCUCCUUAUGGGAGAAGAGAAACAGAUACAGUAGAACCCAGAUUCUCUGCAAGGUUAGGUUAUUAACCCCCUGCAAAGUUACAAAGUACCCAGGGGCAUAUGCAGCCACAGCAAACAACUGUGCAGGACUUCUGAGAGGCUCUGGCUGUUUGCUGUGGCUUUUCUUCAAAGGGCACUGCUGCUUCAGUCAGCACUAUAGCUCAUCUUUUGCUGUGUUUCAGCAGAUGGGAGAAGUACUGCUGCUACAGUUUAGCAGGUUGUCCUUAAUUUGGCAACUAACUGUGAACUGAGUGGCUUGCAAACCACUCUGAGAUAAACCAUCUUGGUUCUACUGUGCCUCUCUACAUCUGUCCACUAGUAGUAGCUGCAUUUGUGGGUGGGGGGAAUAAUUGUAUAGCUAAUAUGGACUUUACAAAUAAUAAAAGAACCAAAGCUUCUGUGUCAUCAAAGUACUUGGUAAAGGGACAAAAUAAGCCAAAUGGAGAACAGCAUUUGCUUUUAUCAGCUCUACAUUUAGCUUUGAUUUCAUACUGUGUAAGGUUCAGGAGUAUAAGGGUUCCUGAACUGCAGACAAUAGUGCAAAAUCAGGCCCCAAGCAGGCUUUGCUUAAAACAAAGACCUAGGAGAAUUCAGGCUUACAACUUAUCUUCAAAUCUCAAUUUUUCCCUUAAAUUUUUGCUAAACAUGAAACUUUUUGUCAAUGAAAAUCUUGAAAGAUCAUUAAGAUCUGGUAUAGCUCCUUGGCGUUACAUUUGGGUGGGUCUGUAUUUCCACCAGAUUUGGAUAGAAAAAGUGACCUUUAAUUCUAAACAUCCUCUUGGCUGAGUAUCUUUUUUUGGCAGUGAGCUUCUACAAUGUAUAAACCACAGGCAGUUUGUAACAUUAGGUUUUCUCCCCUGAAACGGCACACUUCAUUGCUGCUCUCGCCUGUUUUAUUUGCUCUAUGUAGCUUCUAUUCACCUUAUUCCAGGAGUAAUCCAAUCUGAUGUGUAUGUAGUGGUUCCAAGUGACUUUAGAGUUAUGCCGCUUAUACCUUACCCUGGAAACAUCCAUGCUAGUCCAGAAGCCUACUUUGUAUUAAACAGGAUCAACCUACAACCUUGAGCCUCAUUAUAGUUACUUGUAACUUCUGCUUUUCCGGAAGUAGUCUCCUAAAUUCUCUGGCAACAAAAUUGAAGCUUUUCUUCUUUGACUCUGAUUACAUUUGUUUGGCCCUCAAAUUCAGAACCGUAAAGGUACUUAAGCUUAGGUCCCACUAACGUAAAUGAGAGUUGGGUCCCUGUAUGCCUUUACCAAUCUGGGAUGGAAUGUUUUAUAUAAACAGGUCGUCUUUAUCAUUCCUAGCUGGCAUUUGGUGACUUUGCAGGAUGAAGGCAAAACGGUGAGAAAAGAAUAUUGAUUGAAGAGUGAGGCUUUCAUUCCAUGCCACCAGAGUGGCUAGGAGAGAGGAAAAUAUUUAGCUAAAAUAUCUUGAUCACGUUCCUCUUAAGAAUCAGUUGAUUCUUCAGUCAACUUAAGUCUUCCUCUAAUAUCUUCUGCCAAUGCCAGCAUCUCUCUUGUUAAAUUAGCAAUAGCCAUUUAAAGUCUUUCCAGUGGCAUCUGCAUGAUAAUUACGGAGAUGCUUUAUAUCUGGGAAACAGGCCAAGGAGUAAACCUUGAAGCAAAGUAUAUUAAAUUAGUUAUCUAGUUAUAGCUUUUUGAAUAAUUUCCUAAUGAUGAAUUAAGUUUGAACUCGAAGCUGUCAAGUCCCAUUGCUCCAUUUGGAUUUAAAAGGUAGAAAACCAGCAGGGAAAAUAACUUGCUCAUUGUUUUUAUUAUCCAGUUCCCCUGGUUGAAAUUUAUAUGGGUAUUUUGGAUCUGUUCUAUAUUAUUUCAGAAGAAAGCACAAAUAACCACAAGGAGAAAAAAAAGCACUUAUCGUGAAAUGAUUUUUCAUAACGUAAAGGUGUCUUAAGAAAAAUAUAAAUUACAAAAUGGUAUAAAAAAUUCUCUUACAGUUAAGUCGCCAUCUUUUAAUGAGCAAAGUAAAAGACCAUGUAACAAACAACUACUUUCAGUGCGCUCUUAAAAUGGCUGCUAUCAUAUAUGGAGUCUAAGGUGACUCACUUUCUUCCUUUUAUUGAAGCAUGGUAAUUUUAAUUUUCCUCUCAUCUGACUUGCUGUAUUUUAUCUUGACCUGAUCAGUUAGCAUCUUAGGUGACUGGAGUGCUAUACAACUCCAGAGCUUCCUCUUUCAGCCCCAUUUGCACCUAUAAACAGAGACGUGUCAAGGUUUUAUACUGACAGAAGCAAAAAUACUCCUCCUGAUUUUGAAGUACUGCAGCUUUAUCAGAACUAAGUUCCUUGGAGUAUGUUCCCUAACCUUAAGGGAGGCACAGGAAAAAAUAUUUUCUAUCCAAUUCCAUUAGUCACAGCAGGAAUGAAAGCAUGAGACUUAAAGGAACCAGUCCUUUUCAUUUCUUUCCCAGUUUUAACAUCUGGUCUGUAUUAAAAAAAAAAACAGAAGUGAGAGAAAAGGGAGACUCAAUUUAGGUUUAGCUUUAGGUUUUUUCCAAUUCACGUUGGUUCCCAUUGGAUCUGUUGGCCUACGCUGUCUCCAGCAAUGCCUACUACAAGAGGAAUGUUGUGUGGACUAGUAACCCUGACUUGUAGAUCCAUGGCCUGUAGCUUCCUUCCUUCAUUCCAUCCAUCCAUCCAUGCAUCCAUUUUUUAUCUAAAUGUGAUGCUGCCAUUUAACAGACAGGUUUUAUUCAAUUUUGAAGGUAUAUUCCUACCUUGGGUUGUCUAUCCUGAGUUAGCCGUAACUGAGGUUAAAAUAGCACUGAAGACCAGACAUUAGCUGUUUGAAUUCAGUUCAAGGCUUUCAUAUAGGCUUUACUUUGGAACAGCUGUGCAAGUCACAUUGUCUUGUGUUCAGUGCUGUUUUACUCUAAGUUAGUUAAUCUGAAUUAAGAGCACACUCUUAAUAGUAAAGAUGCAUUGCGAGUCUCAUCCACAUUGACAUGCACCUAAGGGUUCAACGGGAAUUCAGUACUAGUAGUAGUCUUGAGAUUUCUGUGCUAAAUCUGAUGUGACUUUGUACUGGAGGCACUCAUUGAUCUACAGCCUCCACUAAAUCAGUGGGAGUUUUCAGUGCUUGGCUUUGCCUAGAAUUUGUUCCCACUGGAUUGGAUCCUUUUGCUAUCAUGGUCCAGAUUAGUCCAGCAAUUCUCAACUAAGUGGCACAAUACCCUGGGAUGCCUUGAAAUCCUUUUAAGGGUGCCAUACAUUAUUAGCAUGGCUUGAUGUGCAAAUACUAACACAAUUUCACAAGAUAAAUCCAGAGCUUUCAAAUGGGAAUCCAGUGUCAAAAACAUUAUGACCUGUUGUGGUUUUUCGGUGUUCAGUGCAAUAGAAAAAUUGCUCAAUUCUUCUGUAGUUAGACAAAAGAGUGAAAGCUAAGACCUGGCAUUUUCCAAACAGUGCCUUGCAUCUAAGAAGAGGUGCUUGAGAAUUACAGGCUUAGAUGUAAAUGUAGUGAGAAAAGCAGGCCCAUAGUUUGAGAAAAAUGCUCAGUCUCUUUGUAAAUACAAGAGAAGAUGGAGUCUCUAAGGUAUUUUCUAAUACUGGUGGUUUUAAGGCAGUUCCAUUCAACUUUGGUUCCAAGGUAAAGUAAUCAGACAGAGCAUGAAUAAAAACAUUACAUUUUUAUAUAUAAAAAUAUAUAGCAUAUAUAUGUCAUAAUAUGUUUUAUAUAUAUAUAUAUAUAUAUGAAAUAUGUUUAUACUAAAUCCAGGUAGAUUUUGCUAGGCUUAAUCUAUAUUAAAUCUAGCAAAAGAGAGGUCCAGUGAAUGUAACAUGCUCUAUUUAAAAGCAUUUUGAAAUUUCCCAGCCUUUCACAUGCUUGUUGGAUAGUCAAUAUUUCACUGUAAACCAAGGAUAUAAAGGUUUUGCCUUUCCAGCACCCACCCAACUGUGAGUGAGUUUCACAGGCAGAAGAAUUGUUGGAAUAUGCCAAUAAAAAGGAAAGGGCAAUUAACAGUAAAAAGCAGAGCCAGUCCUGAGCAAUUCAAGCACCAGGUGAAAGGCACAAAACUACUAGAACUGUUGGUUUUUUUAAAAAAAGGAUGUUGCACUUUUAGGCUGUUAAGAUUAUUUUUGCACUGGGCAAAUAAUCCCUCAUCCAGGGCCCCAGAUUGGUACUUCCUAUGUAAGUGAGAAUGCCAGUCAGCUCAGUGGGAUUUUUAACUUGAGCCAGGUGGGCAGGAAUUGAUUUGAACGUAAGGAUUGCCAUUUUUCUCUGUAACUACCCGUUUUCUUGCUGCUAUCCAGUCUUUUAUCCAGAACAAACCAUUUGUACCCAAAAUAUCAUUUGUGAGAUUAUUGUCCCAUUGAGGUUGCUCCAUAUGGAAAAAUAUUUUCCCUACUAAAGUAUUAUACUACAGAUAUUUUACAAAGGAAAAGAGUUUACACAUGCAGAUGACUGUAAUAUGCUCAUGUAUAAUUGUGUGGGACUUGUGUUACAUGAAAUAACAUGUUAAAUUAGUUUUACACCACUGGAUUUUGUUUUAUUCUACUUCAGUAUUUUGAUGUUUCCAAUUGUUUGUUCUGUAACGCUGUACAUUAUAGUUUAGUCUAUGACAGUGAUUUAACAAUCUCCAGCCUCCUACUACGUACACAUUUUUGUUGAGAGGUGAGUUAUAUUUCCACCUCCCCUUUUCAAUGCGAGAUGAAUGGCAAAUCCAUUUUAUACUAUUGAAAGCCUUUUUUAAAAAAAAAAUCUAUGCAUGCUAUUUUAUAUUCUAAUGUAUUAUUCAUAUCAGUACAUAAGCUUAUGCUUGUCAGUUUUAUCUUGUGUAUAAAACUGAUUACUUUUGACAGUAUUUUUGCACUGUUUCUCUUCUCUUUUUAUAAAAAGUUCUAUUCAGCAUUAAUUGACUGCAAUAACUUUUUUUUUUAACAUAUUUCACUGCCUUUAUGUAAAUAGUUUCCUGUAUGCUGUUUCAAAUGUGAGAGUGUCUCAACUCACUAAGCUAUUUUUGGUAAAGACUGUCUAUCCUUCAUAUUCACAAUAUACAAUAAAUAUUUUUCCCAAGGA